UUCUGUCCCCAAAUCGAUUUGUAUACAUACAUUUUGUCACCUCUAACCUUGGAGCUUUCAGCAUCUCCUCCUCCCACUGGGGAGCCGGCAAAAAAUCCCACCACUGUAUGGACCCCUUCACCACCAACUCCUCCUAAUCAAUUUCAUCCUUCCUUCCCCCCGCCAAUCAAUUUCAUCACCAUGCCUUCCUCACCCUUCUUCUCCUUCACUCUCUCCCUCUGCUUCCUCAUCAGUACCCACCUCUCCGCCGCCGCCGCCGACACCUGCGGCCGAUCAUGCCGCCUGGGCUCCCCCACCGUCCGAUUCCCCUUCGCCCUCACCGCCGGCCGGACCCACAACAACAGCAGCAUCCCCAACACCCGGUGCGGGUUCCCGGGUUUCGGCCUCUCGUGCGACGGGUCGGGUCAGACGGUCAUCGCCCUCCGAAGCUCCGGCGAGUUCAUCGUCCAGUACAUCGAGUACCACAGCCAGGUCGUCUACAUCCGGGACCCCGGCGACUGCCUCCCGCGCCGGUACCUCGAUUCCUUCUCCCUCGAGGGGACCCCUUUCGUUCCCGAGGCCACCGGGAUCUUCACUUUCCUCAAUUGCUCCGGGGCCCCGACCGGGCCCGGAUCCGGGUCCCCGUCUGCCUUCGUACCCGGGUCGAGGCGGGUCGGGUGCCUGAGCGGGGAGGCGUUUACGGUCCGGGCGAUGCGGACGAGCGCGUUCCGCGGGCUGAAUUUGUCGGCGGAGGCGCCGUCGUGCAGGGUGAUCUCGACGGCGGUGAGGAUCCCGGUGACGUGGCCGCGGUGGUCGGAUGCGGACACGAGGUUGAUUUGGAGCUUGCCUGAUUGCUUGCCCUGUGAGGAGGACGGCAAGAAUUGCGGGUUCAGGGAUGAGACCGGGUUGGAAAUCGGGUGCUCCGAUCCCGGUGAAAAGAGCCAAGGAAUUUCGAGGAGGGCCAGGUACGGGCUGGUCCUAGGAGUGGGAAUCCCGGGCCUAAUCUGCACCAUUGGGCUGGGCUGCUUCAUAUGCACCAAACUCGAGUCUCGAGGGAGAGACAGAUUCCACUCGGCCGCGGAUCUGGCAGCCGCCGCCGCGAUGGGCCCGCAGCCGGCCUCCGUCGUGCUGUCGGGCCUGGACGAGCCGACCAUCGAAUCCUACCCGAAAACCUUGCUGGGGGCGAGCCGGCGGCUGCCGAAGCCGAGCGACAACACGUGUCCGAUCUGCCUGUCGGAGUACCAGCCGAAGGAGACGCUGCGGACGAUACCGGAGUGCAACCAUUACUACCACGCCGAGUGCAUCGACGAGUGGCUGAAGAUGAACGCCACGUGUCCUCUCUGCCGGAAUACGCCGGAAUCGUCGGCCGCCAGCACUCCGUCGCCUUCCUUGUCUUCCACGUCGUCGUCUUUGCUCUCCACGCCCUAGUCAUUGAUUGAUUGGUCUUUGGUCGGGUUUUUUUUAUUUGGUCUCUUCGGCCGGCAUUUAGAUAGCGGCGGAAUAUACGAACUUGUUGCGAAUUCAUUGUGAAUAUUGUCACUAAUACUCGUUGAGACAUUGGGCAGCUGCAUUUUGUAUUCUUUUUUUUUAGGGAUCUUUCUGCCGCUACUAUAUAUCAAAGACAAAACAAAGAUGAAUGUGCUUGCUGGAUCAAUUUUAGGUUUUGUCCUGCUCUGGUGGAGUUGUGUA